CCAGCAGUCGCCGGGUGAUGACGUCAAUCUAGAUCAUGGAGCGAAAACACAUGUCAGCUUUUGCUUUGUAUCAAACCUUAACAACAGAAGUGUCUGCUCCUGUCACCAAGUCUCCUCUGCAGGUAGCGGAUAAGAAGAAGAGGAAAAAGGAGAAUGGCGCCAACAAGGUGAACACAGGUAAAGCUCAGUUAAAGCCUGACAGGAAGAAGAUGCGAAAGAAGCUCAUGAAGGCUGCACAAAGAGAGGAGAGCCCAAAGGGAUUAACAGAGGAAGAGGAGUGUGUGAAUGGAGAUGGGGAGGCUCUGGAUGCUUUGCUGUCUGACCUCACUAAAGUCAACAACAGCAGGGAGAGAGCCAGCAAGCUGUUCCAGUGGCUCAUCAACCCCAUCCCUGCCAAGACCUUCUUCAAGGACGUGUGGGAGAAGAAGCCCAUUUUGGUUCAACGUAAAAAUCCAGAUUACUACAAGGGACUGUUCUCCACGGCAGAGUUUGAUCGCAUAUUAAGACAGGAGGAUGUUCAGUUUGGAGUCAACCUGGACGUCACCAGCUACACUAAUGGCAAGAGGGAGACGCACAAUCCUCCAGGGCGAGCUCUGCCGUACACUGUGUGGGACUUCUAUGGGAGUGGCUGCUCACUGCGCAUGCUGAAUCCCCAGGCCUUCUCCUCCACAGUGUGGAGCGUGCUGUCCAUCCUCCAAGAGCACUUUGGCAGCAUGGCAGGAGCCAACGUAUACCUGACGCCACCUGGAACACAAGGCUUUGCUCCACAUUAUGACGACAUUGAGGCGUUUGUGGUUCAGCUGGAGGGGAAGAAGCACUGGAGGGUGUACAACCCGAGGACAGAAGAUGAGGUCUUGGCUGUAUUUUCAAGUGAAAACUUUGAUCAGGCAGUCAUCGGAAAGCCGAUCCUGGAAGUGGUGCUGGAGGCCGGGGAUCUCCUCUACUUCCCCCGAGGAUUCAUCCACCAGGGCGACUGCCUUCCAGAUGCUCACUCGCUCCACAUCACCAUCUCCUCUUACCAGAAGAACAGCUGGGGGGAUCUGCUGCACAAGGUGGUUCCAGCAGCGUUGGAAAUAGCAAUGGAAGAGGAUGUGGAGUUCAGACAGGGCUUACCUCUGGAUUAUCUGACAUAUAUGGGAGUGCAGAACUCUGACAAGGACGACCCACGCAGGACAAAAUUCUUCACACGUAUCGAGACUCUGAUGAAGAAGCUAACAGCUUACGCCCCGGUCGAUGCUGCCGUGGAUCAGAAAGCCAGAGACUUCUUCCAUGACUGCCUUCCUCCCAUGCUCACACCAGAGGAAUUGGCCAGCAGUGUGCAAGGAGUUUCAACCAGGUGGGAGGGCGGGCAGCUUAUAGACGGAGGUGCACAAAUCACCACUCAGACCCGAGUUAGACUGCUGCGUGCCGGAUGUGCCAGGUUAUGCAGUGAUGGAGAAGCUGUUCAUCUCUACUACACGACAGACAACUCCAGAGUGUACCACAAAGAGGAGCCCAAGAGUUUUGAAAUAAAAGCAGAGCACACAGAUGCCAUGGAGUUUCUGAUCCAUUCAUAUCCCAAAUUUGUGACAGUAGGAAGUUUCCCAUGUGAUUCUGCAGAGGACAGGAUCGCUUUAGCUGAGCUGCUUUUUGAGAGGGGGAUUAUCCACACUGCAGAACCUCUGUAGUGGCCACAUAUUCUUCAGUCAUGCUGACUGCAUGAGUAGAUUCAAAUUACCUUUGUAUAAAAUAAAAGGUCUUCACAGCAGAAAGACUUCUUGUCUCAAGUAUUGUUAUGCUAACCAACUCAUUUUGCUCUUUGUUCAGCACUAAAUAAACCAUAUUUGAAAAUGAA